UUCCUCAGUCCAGUCACCUCCAAUAUAAAUCCUUGCCAGCCCAAGACAUCCAUUGUACUUUGUCUCUCAGAGCAGGAAAACGUGGACUUGUUCCUAGCAAAAAAAAACGCACAGCAACUCAGGCUCUACGGAAAAACAUUGUUCCUUCCACAGAACAAGUAGCCUUGGACCUUAGACGUGGAGAGGAUCAUAAAUCCAACAAUACUAACUUUUGCUUUCUGUAGAGUGGUGUAAACAAGGAGUGCAAGAGGUGGAGUGACUUCUCCAACUUAAGCCAUACUGCAUUACAGUCAUCCACUGAGCCUCCUCUUGCCUCAAUCAUGACUCAGUGUGCUGCUCAUCCUGCACUCCUCAUCGGUCUGCUGGUACUCGGUCUGGCUGCAGUCCUGCUCCUCACUGUGCCUAGCGAAGACAUUCCCAGGGUCCCAGAGUUUAUGUACGGAAUCGUUUUGGAUGCUGGAUCCUCACACACAUCCUUAUUUGUAUACAAGUGGCCUGCAGACAAGCAAAAUGGCACCGGUGUGGUUAUUCAACACAGUGAAUGUCAUGCAGAAGGAGGUGGGAUAUCCAGCUACGCAGGUCAGCAGGGAGCGGCAGGACAGAGCUUGGAGGUGUGUCUUGAUCAGGCGGUGCAUGACGUCCCUGCGCACAGACACAAGGUCACGCCCGUGUACCUGGGUGCCACAGCUGGCAUGAGGCUUCUGCACAUUUCCAGUCCAGAGCAUUCAGCUCAAAUUCUGCAAGAAGUUGGCCAUACCAUCCAGUCAUACCCUUUCAGUUACCAGGGGGCUGCCAUUUUGUCCGGUCAAGAGGAGGGGGCGUAUGGUUGGGUCACUGUCAACUACCUCUUGGAGAAUUUCAUCAAGUAUGGCUUUGUGGGGCAGUGGCUCAACUCAGGCAGGCCUACAGUGGGGGCCCUCGAUUUUGGUGGUGCAUCCACCCAGAUAACAUUUGUGACUCAGGAGCAAGUGGAGGAAGAGAAGGACAUGAUGAAACUACGUCUGUAUGGUCAGGAGUAUUCUCUGUACACACACAGCUUCCUUUGUUACGGGCAGGAUCAGGUCCACAAGAGGCUGCUGGCCCACAUUGUCAAGUCUCAAGGUUAUUCAGUUUCAGUCACUCACCCAUGCCAUCCCACAGACUCUUCUGUAAAAGUAAAUCUGGACAGCAUCUUCAACUCUCCAUGUACAGCCAAGUACAAACCAAGCACCUAUAAAGCACAAAACUUGCUAAUACACGGCAGUGGACACUAUGAGCAAUGUGUGGGCAACGUGUCGGAGAUCUUCUCCUUCGACAGAUGCCCCUUCUCUCGCUGCUCCUUUGAUAAAGUCUUUCAACCUAAUGUGACUGGGAGCUUCAUGGCAUUUUCGGCAUUCUUCUACAUUCACUCCUUCCUGCAGCGCAUCACCGGAAUCACAGUGACCACUCCGUCACAAAUGGAGGCGGCUGCUAAAACUGUGUGCCAGAUGACUUUUACUCAGAUGCUGGAUCUUGCUCCAGAUCAAGCAGCUCACCUGAGGGACUAUUGUGCUUCCUCUGUGUUUGUCAAGGUUCUCCUGCUCAAAGGGUACAGCUUUGAUGAAAAGUCAUUCUCGCGGAUUUCUUUCAAGAAGAAGGCUGGCGAUGCCUCAGUUGGGUGGGCUUUGGGCUACAUGUUGAGUCUGAGUAAUUUGCUGCCAUCAGAAAAAGUUCAAACAUGGAAGGCAUUAGCACCAGGUGUAUGGGAAAGCCUUAUAGUUUUUUUUGUGAUGCUCUUGGUCACCGUCCUGGUCUUCACACUUCGUGCCUGUGAGUGGAAAAAGAGAGGACUCGAUGACAGAGUUAUUUAGACACGCAAUAGCACACACUGCAGUCAGAAAAAAAAAAAAAAAAACUGCGCUACAGUUUAUACAGUGUGAUUUGGGCUCUGUGUAUUACUCUGUAUUGAAAUAUGAAUGUGAACUUUCAAAAUAUUUUUGAACUCAUGAUUUUAUAGGACCUCAAUCUUGCUUGCAAAGUGACUUGUACACAUACUGUACACAUGAUGUCUCUAAUGGACCGCACACAAAGUAGACUAUGUACUGUGAAUAAAUGAUUUAAUUUCUGGGAAUCCAUAAAAAAUGUAUUUCUAGAAUUUUACUGUGAGACCACGCUGACACAUGUUUUUUCAGAAAUUUUAAAAUUUGUGUUUGACCAUAAGGAAAAAACUUUCAGGUAAACUGCAAUUGUUCUGUUUGUCUAUAUUUUUCUGCAGGCUGUAUCUACUUUUUGGUAUGUCACCUAAAGACGACCAUGUGUUUAAGUAAAGGACAUUUUAAAGUUUAUAGUUCAAUAGAAAGGUCUCUAAUCUUUUUCAUUCAUUUGAAUACAAAUAAAGAAAGGGCUCUUCU